AUGAACGCGUACGAGACGACCCUCGGCAAGGGCGCGUGGGACGCGGACGCCAACAGAGAGAUCCCCCCCGACAAGGAGGCCGCGGUGUUCGAAGAGACGCCCACGGACGAGCACCCGUUCUACCAGCCGAACGGGUUCGGGUUACCGACGGUGCCGCCGCGGAAGGACACGGAGCACCUCGGGUUCCACUGCCAAGGCGCGUUCGUCGCGCGAUCGAGCGCGCGAUGA